UGGGAAGAGCGUACAAAUGCUUGCUUCAUCAUAAUAGAAAAGACGAGCAAUUUUUUCAUCUGCCUUGGGCGGCCAACUGCAGAAAAAGGAGACACAAAAUUAAAGAGGAAGUCAAAGUCAAGGGGGUAAAAGAGUAAUUUCAUAGAGAGAGAGAGAGGUAAGAGACGGGAAGCUACUGCUUGAAUUUGAAGCAUUGGACGGUCCGAACCAACCCACCAAACAUUUUUCACUUUUCAUACGCCAAACACAACCCAACCUCCUCUUACUACACAACUACUUCCUCUCUCUCUCUCUUACUGUAACCCUUUUGCUUUUGGUCGUAAGGAGAAAGCUAAAAUAAUGGCGAAUUUGGAGGAUGUGCCGUCAGUGGAUCUCAUGACGGAGCUCCUCCGUCGCAUGAAGUGCUCCUCUAAACCAGACAAGCGCCUCAUUCUCAUCGGUCCUCCUGGUUCAGGUAAAGGUACUCAAUCACCCAUCAUCAAGGAUGAGUACUGCUUAUGCCACUUGGCUACUGGCGAUAUGCUGAGAGCUGCUGUUGCUGCUAAAACCCCUCUUGGUGUUAAGGCCAAGGAGGCUAUGGAUAAGGGAGAAUUGGUUUCUGAUGAUUUGGUUGUUGGCAUUAUAGAUGAAGCAAUGAAGAAACCUUCAUGUCAGAAAGGUUUCAUUCUCGAUGGAUUUCCUAGAACUGUGGUUCAAGCACAGAAGCUUGAUGAGAUGCUUGAAAAGCAGGGAGCAAAAAUUGAUAAGGUACUUAAUUUUGCAAUUGAUGAUGCUAUUUUGGAGGAAAGAAUCACUGGUCGCUGGAUCCACCCUUCAAGUGGUAGAACCUACCACACCAAAUUUGCACCUCCCAAGGUUGCUGGUGUAGAUGAUGUAAGUGGAGAACCUUUGAUUCAACGUAAAGAUGAUACUGCAGCAGUUCUUAAAUCAAGGCUGGAGGCAUUCCACAAGCAAACUGAACCGGUGAUUGACUACUACAAGCAGAAGGGUGUUGUUGCGGAGCUUCCAGCAGAGAAGCCUCCAAAAGUGGUCACAGCUGAGGUUCAAAAAGUGCUUUCCUCAUAAAAAUGAGGUCCUUUUUGACUCAUAAAUUAUGAGUUGUUCUCAAGGGAUUUUUGUUCUCAUAUGUACUUUAAGCAUACAUUCACAAUUGCCUUUUCUUUUUGACUGCAAGCCGGCUUUCUUCCAUCGUUGAGAUAUUUUAACCGAGUUUAACAUUAAAAUAAUGAUAUUACAACUUUGGUUAUAUCUUCUA